AAGAAGUGCGCGCAAUCUGUUGUCCACGUUACGUUAUCGACGUGUGAAGUUGCUAGUUCAAAAAGUAUGGCUAGCGACCAAAUAUGCUAUACUUUAGUCAGUUUAUCAUCUGAGGGAAAGGUUUAUACUGAGCAAAAACUUAAAGAAGAUUUGCAAAACAGCAAUGAUAAUGUGAAAAGAAGGGCGCUAGAAGAACUUAUUCGGCUAAUUAUCAAUGGCGAAAAGUUCCCCAAUUUAUUAAUGAUUGUGAUCCGCUUUGUUAUGCCGUCACAGGACCACAUGAUUAAAAAACUGUUGCUUUUAUUCUGGGAAGUUGUGCCGAAGUACAAUCCAGAUGGGAAACUCCUUCACGAAAUGAUACUUGUGUGUGAUGCUUACCGCAAAGAUUUACAGCAUCCUAAUGAAUUCAUUCGUGGGUCAACUUUACGAUUUCUAUGUAAAUUAAAAGAACCUGAACUACUGGAACCUAUUAUGCCAUCUAUUCAACAGUGUCUGGAGCAUCGACAUGCCUAUGUACGACGAAAUGCAGUGCUUGCAAUUUUUACGAUAUACAAAAAUUUCGAAUCACUUAUUCCGGAUGCACCUGAAAAAAUUUUACGAUUCCUCGAACAAGAGCAAGAUUCUUCCUGCAAAAGAAAUGCUUUUAUGAUGCUGCUUCAUGUCAGUCAGAGUAGUGCUCUUGACUACCUUACUUCUCGUUUAGAUGAAGUACAGAAUUUCGGUGAUAUUCUUCAACUUGUAGUUGUAGAGUUAAUUUACAAAGUUUGUCUCGCUAAACCAUCUGAAAGGUUACGAUUUAUCCGUUGUAUUUACAGCCUAUUACAAUCUAGUAGUGCUGCUGUACGCUAUGAAGCCGCGGGAACGCUGACAACACUAAGUUCCGCUCCGAGUGCCAUUAAAGCAGCUGCAAGCUGUUAUAUCAAUCUAAUCUUAAAAGAAAGUGAUAAUAAUGUAAAACUAAUCGUAUUGUCACGUCUCACUGACUUACGUCAGUAUCACGAGCGUAUUCUACAAGACCUUAUUAUGGAUAUGGUGCAAAUCAUAAAUGCAUCUGAUAUGGAAGUUCGUCAGAAGACACUUAACUUAACAAUGGAUUUGGUGACAGCUCGCACAGCAGAAGAAUUAAUUAAGAUAUUCCGUAAAGAACUUAUCAAAGUUUGCAGCACGAAUACCCGACCCUCAACUAAUGAUGGAGAAAAGUCACCUGGGGAUGAUCAAAAUUCUGAUGAAUCUAUUUACCGUUUUUCGUUAGUACACACUAUAUAUGAUAUCUGCUUACGGUUUCCAGAAGUAUUACCAAUCAUCGUUCCGACAAUUUGUGAAAUCUUAACUUACGAAGAAAUGAACGAUACACGAGCUGCUAAUGAAGCCUGCAAAUUUUUACGUGAAAUCUUAGAGCGAUUUCCUCAAAAAAAGGCUGAUAUUUUAGAAAAACUGAUGCAAGUUUUUCCAUCCAUUAUCGGCCGUGAAACUCUUCAACAUUUAUUAUGGAUUUUCGGCGAAUAUUGUACUACUUACGAAGAAAUCAACUCUUUUAUGACUCUUAUUCGUCAAAUUAUCGGCGAGCUUCCGCUUGUUGAUGAGGAGUUACGCAGACAGGCCAGUAAAGUGAAUUCAGUGGAUUCAUCAGCUGAAAAUCAAAGCCAGCCCUCGGUACUAAUUUCAGGUGAUGUAAAUGUCGGUGUCAGUCCAGCACAACGCGUUACUGCAGAUGGGACAUACGCAACUCAGUCUGCUCUUACCCUUCGUUCGAAUAAAGAUUCUAGCUCAGUAAAUGCAAUCAAACGACCUGUCCUACAAGCAGCUCUAUUUGAAUCACAUUAUAUGCCUGGGGUUGUAUUAUCUGCUUGUUUAGUAAAAUUAUUUUAUCGAUAUUCAUUGAUUCUUAAAGAAGAACAAAUGAAAGCUGUUACAAAUGAAAGCGCAAAAACUAAAAUCAUUUCAAAAGAAAAUUCAUUCGCUGCUGAAUGUAUGCUAAUCAUCUCGAGUAUGAUACAUUUAGCUACUAGUCGACUGCUUCCACAUCAAGUAAAUCCUGACCACCUAGAUCGUAUGUGGAUUUGUUUAAAGAUCUUGGCUGAUCGUCGUCCUGAAGUCUUAAAGGCUUUUGAAAACACAUCUCGUAACUGUCUUACGGAAAUGCUUACAUAUCAAGAGACAGAACGGAAAAACAACGCUAAAGCUCGUAAUCAAGGCCUAAUUGAGCAUCAAAAACAAUUGGCUGAGUUAAAUCGUGCAGACGCACCGAUCAGAUUUUCUCUACUUACUGGUCAAACUGAGUUCGGUGACACAGUAGAUCGUUUUGACUUAACACUUAGUCAAGCACUAGGUGCAGGUGGUAAAGGCAAUGCUGGAGAUGCGUAUUCUACAUCUAAGCUUAGUAAGGUUCAUCAGUUAACUGGAUUUUCGGAUCCUGUCUACGCGGAAGCGUACAUUAAUGUGAAUCAAUUCGAUAUUUUGUUAGAUGUAUUAGUUGUUAAUCAAACUAGAGAUACACUACAAAAUUUAACAUUGGAAUUGUCUACAUUAGGUGAUUUACGUUUGGUUGAAAAACCCAGUCCAUUAACUAUUGCACCUCAAGAUUUUGCCAACAUCCGAGCAAAUAUUAAAGUUUCAUCUACUGAAAAUGGUAUCAUCUUUGGCAAUAUAUCUUAUGAUGUUCGAGGUUCAUCUGGUGAGACGACUUGUAUUGUGUUAAAUGAUAUUCAUAUUGAUAUUAUGGAGUACAUUAUGCCAGCCACUUGUACACCAAGUGAAUUUCGCCAAAUGUGGUCUGAAUUUGAAUGGGAAAAUAAGGUUACUGUGAAUACACAAAUCAAAGAUCUAUCCACCUAUUUGUCUCAAAUUACAACCCAUACGAAUUUACGUUGUCUUACACCUACUGAGGCUCUUGCGGGUGAUUGUGAUUAUCUUUGUGUAACGCUUUAUGCCAAGACAAUAUUCGGCGAACAUGUUUUGGCUAAUUUAUGUUUAGAAAAAGCGGAAGCUGAUCAACCUGUUACUGGUCACGUACGAAUUCGAGCUAAAACACAAGGCAUGGCUGUUACAAUGGGAGAAAGAGUUAGCAGCUGUCAAAAGAACUGGCCAGCUAAUAACUCACAAACCUCGAGUAACAACAUGUCGAAGCAACAAGAUGAUGAGAAUUCCAAUACAAAUGUAAUGCGUUCUCAUUCACCUGUGAAUAAUACGUUGGUGAAUAGUCACUAACUUAUAUUCGUCUAAAAAAAAUAUCUAUCCAUUCUAUUAUUGUCUACGAGCAACUCAGUUUAUUUCUCACUAAACUUGCUUAUUCUCACCUGAUGAAGUACUGUGUUAUAAACUGAAUUGCAUCAAAUCUUUGGGUUAUUUCUCACUACUUUUUAUUCAUGUGUGUGUGAAAUACUGCUUCUUUGUAAUAAUUACUACUGUUUCGGUUCUUUUAUUCCUUUUAAUUUUUUUUUUGUAUCUUGGUCUAAUAUGAAUCAUUUUUUGUGAUUGCUUUAAUUUUAGUCAAUAACUCUUUGUUGGACUUUCAUACAAAAUUGAGUAAAGAGAAUGAGUUAAGUUUGGUCUGUGUGUCACGUUUUCGAUUCGAUCAAUUAAGUAAAUUCUAGUUUACUCUCUUUUGACUUACAAAAAGUUUAAAAACAUUUAGUCGCCUUGAUUGAUUUAGUUAAUAUAAUCAG